GCAUGCUAACCAAGUGUGUGUGUGCUGGUUGUAAAGCAUAUUUACAAGAUGGCAUUGUGUCAAUGUGUUCUACAGGCCUGCAUUGUGUUCCAUGGGUCUGAGGGUGUAACGCUAAUCAGUGUGCCUCCCUUUUGAAGAAUGCAGUGAACUGGCCUGGUUUUGCAUCUUAAAGCAGCCAAAAGGAUAUGAGCAGAAUGUCCGAACUGGGCUGAAUCACCUCAGAGGAGCCACACAGUCUCCAUCAGCAUUCACAAUCAGUGCCUUUGUUGCUUGGAUGAGAGGGGACAUUCUUCCAGAGGGAUGAUUUUUCUCGUCUCUGCAGGCCCUGGCACUGCACAUGUCUGCCCCCGCACCGGCCUCUGUGCCAAGCUGGAGUCUCUUUCGAGCUGACAGACGCACACAAGCACUGCAGAAGGACAGGACAUGUGCAUGGUUCAUCCUUGAUACAAUGGAAAUGAUCAGCUGAUCAGCUGUCUGCAUUUCCUCCUGAACAUGUAAGGGCCAUAUGAUAACAAUAUGCCCCUCAUCAUUAGCUGAUGGCAUGACAUAAAGCAGGACUUGGACAUGCCGAGGAGACGAGACGUCUUUGCGCUAGUCCUGAUUGUGCUGCCAUGGACUUUACUCAUCAGUAUGUGGCAUCAUGGUCCUGUCACUCCACAGCCCUUUUCACACAAGAAUGGUAGGCAUGAAGUUGUCAACAUGCAAAGAAAUAACCCAAAAGAGAAAUGCUUCACAGACAAGAACAUCCUUCAUGAACAUGCAUUUGGGCAUCCCCUACCAUGGUCCAAACUGCUCCCCACCAUCUAUGUCAUCACGCCCACCUACACCCGAGCGGUGCAGAAAGCCGAGCUCACACGCCUUACCCACACCCUCCUGCAUGUUCCGAACCUUCACUGGAUUGUGGUGGAAGAUUCUCCACGCAGGACACCACUCGUCACCAGACUGCUCAGGAGCUCCGGCCUAAAUCACACGCACCUGAAUGUGGAGACGCCGCGCCUUCAGCGUAUGCGCAGGGAGACGAGGGGCAAUCGUGUACCACGAGGAACAGCACAGAGGAAUCUUGGGCUGCGCUGGAUCAGAGAAAAUCUUGGCCCUAAAGCCCGGCUUCAGGGGGUUGUGUAUUUUGCUGAUGAUGACAACACUUACAGCCUGGAUCUGUUUGAGGAGAUGCGUUCGACCAAGAAGGUCUCCGUUUGGCCCGUUGCCUUUGUUGGGGGCCUGCGUUACGAGUCGCCUAAAAUCAACACCCACGGGAAAGUGUACGGCUGGAGCACCGUGUUCGACCCUCGGCGUCCAUUUGCGAUCGACAUGGCAGGGUUUGCCAUUAACCUCCAGCUCAUCCUUAGUAAACCUCACGCCUAUUUCAAGCUGAAUGGAGUUAAAGGAGGAUACCAGGAGAGCAGUUUGCUGGGGGAGCUGGUCACUCUCAGUGAGCUGGAACCCAAAGCUGAUAACUGUACAAAGGUGCUAGUGUGGCACACUCGGACUGAAAGACCUGUGCUAGUGAAUGAAGGGAAAAAGGGCUUCACUGAUUUCAACAUGGAGAUAUAAAUAAAUCUUUCAAUACCCGUCCCUUAUUGUGCAUCUUGGCACCUGAUGUGGGACGUUGCAAUAAUGUUUUAAGAUUAAAGUUGCACUGCACUGACUGGCAUUGCACAAAGCCACGGAAAAAGAAUAAACAGCUUACAAAGCACUACUGAACUUCCACUAAGCUUCACAAGCAUUUUCCAGCCACCGUUUUUGGUAUCUGGACAGAUCUCUGUUUUCUCACACUGAGGAUCAGCAGCAGAAGAAAAAGGCUGUUGUUCGGCGUGAGUCAGCUCUGAGCAAUAGUUACAUUAUCAUGGCGAUUGUGCACGUCAUCUUUACCCCCGAGAUACACUGAGCCAUUCAAGUCUAAAUGACAAAUACUUUUUUUUUUUUUUUUUUGUUUCCUUUUUUGUAGAAUGCCCACUUUUGAUUAAGCUAUGUUUCUCUUGGGAUAAAUUCGCAACAUGGGAACAGAAGCCCAUGGAUAAAAUGUCAGUGUUUAUGGAGUAAUUUAACCUGGUGCACACACAGAAACCUUCACACACCACAUGUAAAAAGUUUGGGGACAUUUUACCAUUUUUAUUCUUAACUAAAAGCAGAAGUUUGCACAACUCCAGGAAUAAAGGAACCAUUUUAGACAUCAGUGUGUUUAGUUUCUUCAGUAUUGUACUUCUUACAAUAACAAGAAAUGGAAAUUGUACAUUAAGAUAUUGAGCAUUUGAGAGCAAUAUAGCGCUUAGGGGCAGACAACAUCAUUAUACUGAUUUUGUUUUGUUUCUUGUGUGCGUUUAGUUGUUGCACAUUCAAUCCAUGUAUUAUUUUUAAGAACUGUUAUCAAUGAAUGGUAUACAAUGAAAAAAUAAUGUAAUAGUGACGUAAAUGUUUGUCCUACAAUGACAAUUAUUAAGUCAGAUUACAAAUAAUAUCAAAAUUGGAAUUAUUCCAAAUAGUGUAAUAGCAACUCAAAUUUUUUGCCCUUUUUGUGGAAUUGAGGGGAAAAAUUUGAUGGAUGGAUUUUAAAUUUUUAUAUUAUUAUCAAUAAGUCUAUAACUUUAUUAUUUAUAACUCUAAAACAAGAUCAAAGAAAUACCAAUGCCCUACAUGCUCUAUAUUUGGUCAUCAUUGUUGUCAUAUGACGAUAUUAUACAUAACUAUUUUUAAAAACAAAC